AUGGCUUGUUCUGAAGAAUCCAAUGAAUACUGGAGCUAUGAUGAUCCAUCCGAAUGGCCAAAACAUUUUCCAUGUGCUGGUGGAUCGUCUCAAUCUCCAAUCGACAUCAACUCAAGUGAUGUUGUGUUCGAUUCGUAUCCGUUGUUCACGUUUUCUUCAAAGUAUAACUCCAAUGAAUUGUUUACAUUAACUAAUAAUGGCCAUCAAGUUGCAGCUACAUUGGCUCAACGUACUUAUGGUCAAAGCGACGAUGAUUUAUGGUUUACUGGCGGUGGUUUAGACGGACAGUUCUUCUUCGUCAAUUUUCAUUUACAUUGGGGAAGAAAUGAUCGUCAUGGAUCAGAACACGAAAUCGAUGGACAACGCUUUCCUGCUGAAGCACAUUUUGUUUUCAAAAAUCGUCAGAAUAAUCAAUUAGCUGUAUUUGCAUAUCAUUUCGUUAUUGCUGAUCAAUGGGAUGAGGAAAAUGCAGAAUGGGAAAAGUAUGCAGAUGCGGCAAGUGAACUCGUCAAUGUCNGUAAAGUACUUAUAUAA